AAAAUGCGCAGCUCAGCCAUUUUCUUUAUCGUUCAUCACUGUUCUCCCUUGUCGGUACAUCGAACGGGCGUAUAUUUCACGAGCGCGCCGACUCUAUCUGUCGUGUUACGUGUGGCUGGGUACCCGCAUCCCUGGGAACGUCGAAGGACAAAAGGAAGCAAGCACUUGAGGGAAAUUGAUACGGUAUUGCCUCACCGGGGACACAUCAGAGAGAUAAGCGCAAUCGCCCACUAUAUCACCGUGUGGAUUUUCGCUCGAGAGUCACAGUACGGUCAGAAGCGGGAAGAUUCGCCAUGAGUCGGCUCUGGAUCUUCGCACUAGUCUUGGGCGCUGUAGGAUCCGCCACAGCGGUGCCGGUCACCAAUGCCACACAACAAGUCGACUACACCGGGCACAGCAUUUUGUCCAUUGUUCCCGAAACUAGCGACCAGCUAAAUGUGCUGUUCCGACUCGAAAAUGAGAUGGAGCUCGACUUCUGGGCUGAAGCCAAACUACCCGGAUCUCCCGCCGUCGUCAGAGUGGCACCUGAAAAGCUUUUAAAGUUCACCGAGGAAGUGUCGGAAGCUGGGAUGACCGCCAAGAUAGAGGUCGAGAACGUCCAAAAGCUUAUCGACGACGAAAGACACGAGGCUCGAUUCACCACCUACUCCAGCGCUCCACUCAGAUUCCAGCGCUACCUGAAGAAUGAAGAGUUCGAAAAGGCCUUGAUGUCCUACAGCAAGAAAUACGACCACGUGGAGUACACCGUCAUCGGCAAAUCUUACGAGGGACGAGACAUCAUCGGGGUCCACAUUACGAAAGGAAAGAACAAGCCCAUCAUAUUCUUUGAGUGCGGCAUUCAUGCGAGAGAGUGGGUGGCUCAUGCCACAUGCCUCUACAUUAUCGACCAGCUAGCGACCAUGUACGAGAAAGAUGAAACCAUCAAACGUCUCGUAGACGAGUACGAGUGGAGGAUACACCCGGUGGUCAACCCGGACGGAUACGUGUACAGCCAUACUUCCGAUCGGAUGUGGAGAAAAACGCGGUCGGUGAACAAGAAAAGUCCGUUUUGUCCAGGAGCGGACGCCAACCGGAACUUCGACGUGGGACCGUUUUGUGGAGUCGGCACCAGUAACAGACCAUGUGCGGGCACUUACUGCGGCGAGAGUCCCUUCUCGGAGCCGGAGUCUCGGGCCAUCAAAAAUGCCGUGGAGGCGGCUAAGGGUCGCAUCUCCUUCUACUUCUCCCUGCACAACUUCGGCCUCAUGUGGAUGUUUCCCUACGCCUACACGGAUAAAAAUGCCCCCAACCACAAGGAUCUGCUCACAAUUGCGGAGAGAGGUGCUGAGGCCAUCCGCAAGGCGACUGGAACGGAGUAUACUGUCGGCCCCAUUCAAAAAACCAUCUAUCCGGUGACUGGCUCUAGCGUGGACUGGGCCUACGAGAAGGCGGGAGUGACAAAGUCCUUUGCUCUCGAACUUCAGCCACGUAUGCGUUCGUUCGAUGUCGGGAAAGGUUUCAUGCUUCCUGCCAAGUACAUCCUUCCAACGGCUCAAGAAACUUGGCUGGGCAUCCGUGCUGCCAUCGGGUCCCCAUGAAGCAGUCAAGGCGCAGCCCAAGGUUCACUUCUGAGCGGCGGUUCGCGACAAAAUUUGUAACGUCAGCGUCCAACCAAAGUACGCCGACGUUGAAAGUGGCGCAUGCCCUAACACGAACGAGCAAUGUAAACAAACGCACCAGAUCAAGUACAAUAAUAAAGACUUGGACGCAAUUGCGUACAACGGACCG